ACGUGUCUGAAGAAGAGAAGGCAAGUGCGGCCAUAGGAGACCUCAAUCAAUGGAGUAAGCCGACACGGCGAGAAGGGAGGAAGUUGAGGACGAGGAUGACGAAGUCAAUGCACAACAAGGGCUGGGAAGAGGAAAAGAAGGGCUCCAAUAUCUCGAGGGGAAAGAAGACAAUGUCCCAGCUCCUCUGGUUUCACCGUGAACGUUUUCUCCAUCUCGCUCCUCCUCUGUUUCCUACUUGGCACUUCCAAUGGGAAGAAGAAGCUGGCGGCUCGCGCCCGCUCUCCUCAUGGCGGCGACAGCCGGGAUGCUUUUUGCCGUCGUGUCGUCUCAGCAGCCGUCCGUGCUAAAAAGGGGAUCUUCUCUCUCCGUCGAGAGGUUCGCCGACGACGUUCUCAUCUCGGAGGGCGGCACCUUCAAGACGGGGUUCUACCCGGUGGGCGACAACGCUUUCGCCUUCGCCGUCUGGUUCACGGAGCCGGCCAACGGGACGGUGGUGUGGAUGGCGAAUAGGGACCGACCGGUCAACGGCAGGGAGUCCCGGCUGGAGUUCCGGAGCGGCCAGGUCGCCCUGAUCGACGCUGACGGCAGCAUCGUCUGGGCCACCAACACGAGCGACGUCGAUGGCGUCGUGGCUGAGCAGAUGGAGAUUGGGGAGGACGGGAACCUCGUGGUGAGGGACAGGUUGGGGAAGGCGUUGUGGGAGAGCUUCGAUUUCCCGACCGACACGCUUCUGGCGUUCCAGGGGAUGACGAGAUCCAAGAGGUUGGUGUCGAGGAGAGCGGCUGAGGACUACUCAUCGGGGCCAUACCAAUUCUUAUUCGACGACGACAACGUGCUCAGUUUUCUGUACGAAGGGUCGGACUUGUCCAGCAUCUACUGGCCCAAUCCCGACAUGGACAUCUUUGGGAACGGCAGGACCAGGUAUAACAGCACCAAAUAUGCCAGUUUUGAUGACCUGGGUCGAUUUACCUCUAGUGACAAUUUGAUCUUUUCUGCGUCAGACGUUGGCCUGAAAAACAAGAGAAGGUUAACUAUGGACUAUGAUGGAGUUCUCAGGCUAUAUAGUCUUAACAGUACAACAAAAAGUUGGGAGGUUACAUGGUUGCCGGUGUUGGAGAGGUGCAGAGUUCAUGGCCUUUGUGGGGAAAAUGGGAUUUGUUUUUACAACCCAGAACCUGAAUGCACUUGCCCUCCUGGAUUUAGUAUGAAAAAUAGAACCGACUGGACUCAGGGAUGCCAACCAAAUUCCAAGAUUGUUUGCAACGAUUCCCGAGUACAAAUUGUUAAACUUCCUCAUACUGACUUCUACGGUUAUGAUAUGAGCACAUACAAAACAGGUGUAUCAUUUGAAGCAUGUAAAAACAUUUGCACGAGUGACUGUAAGUGUCGUGGUUUUGGAUAUAGGUUAGAUGAUGGAUCUGGAUCUUGUUACCCAAAGAACAUUCUUUUCAACGGUCAAACUGGUCCUAACCUUCUUAUUGACAUUUAUAUCAAAGUUUCUUCAGUUGGGAACUUUAACAAUUAUCUGGAAGGUCAAUUCCACACUGAUUGUUCACUGGCAAAUUUGAGCAUCAUUAGGGCUGGAGUUUUUUCUAGUGGCAAUGUACAGGGUGACUACUUGAAACUGCCAGUUGGAUUUGUCAUUGCCAUUGGCCUAGUUGAAAUCAUAUGUCUGGUUUUUGGGUGGGCUUACUUACAUAAAGAGUUGGGCCACAUUCACAACAUUGGUCAAGGUUAUACGGCCUUAAGAUCAGGAUUUAAAAGAUUCACUUACAAAGAACUGAAAAGAGCUACAAAGAACUUCAGUAGUGAAAUAGGAAGAGGAGGUUCAGGGGUGGUUUAUAAAGGGGUGCUGGAAGGUGAGGUUGUGGCUAUCAAAAGGCUAGAGGAUGUGCAUCAUGGAGAAGCACAAUUCUGGAGUGAAGUGAGCAUCAUUGGAAGAAUUAAUCACAUAAAUCUAUUGAGACUGUUGGGUUUCUGCUUUGAAAAACAAAGCAAGCUUUUGGUUUAUGAAUUCAUGGAAAAUGGAUCCUUAGAGAAGAACUUGUUCAACAGUUCUUCAACUCUUGCUUGGGAUAACAGAUUUAACAUUGCUUUGGGCACAGCAAAGGGUCUCGCUUACCUGCAUGAGGAGUGCUUAGAAUGGGUGCUUCACUGUGAUAUCAAGCCUCAAAACAUACUCUUGGACAAGGAUUUCACCCCAAAAGUGGCUGAUUUCGGUUUGUCCAAGCUUCUAGAUAGAGGUGGAACAAAUGUUUCUAGCUUUUCUAGAGUGAGAGGAACGAGGGGCUACAUGGCUCCCGAGUGGAUAUUGAAUCAGCCCAUCACAUCGAAAGUGGAUGUUUACAGCUAUGGUAUUUUGGUGUUGGAAAUGGUAACUGGGAGAAGUUCAGUUGGAUUUGAACAGGUGGAUGACAACGGAGAGAUUCGUUCUGCACAAUUAAUCCCAUGGGUCAGAGAAAUGGUGGGAACAAGGCAGCAGUGGAUAGAAGAAAUAGCUGAUCCAAGUUUGUCAGGGAUAUAUGACAAGCUGAAGAUGGAAAUCUUGGUUAAAGUGGCUUUGAAGUGUGUCGGUGAAGAAAGGGAUGCAAGACCAACAAUGAGCCAGGUUGUAGAUGCUAUAACGCUCGGAUGCCAAUAGUGCCAUGAAGAGGUUGCAAGAUUUGGGAGUUACGUCCUAUAUAUUUGAUUUGGUAUGAGUAAAUUAUUCUUAUUGUGCGAAACUGGAUAAGCCUAUGGAAAUAAAGCUGUUGUUAUAGCUA